AUGCAUCCAUCACUCGGCCGCCUGGCCAGUCUGUCAUUCGCCAUCAGCACUGUUUUCGCUCAGUUGACGAGCGCCGCCGUCGACACUCCGCCGGCUUCCACUCUUACGCCGUUAGAGCCUUGGGAAUACACAUGUCCGCCGCCGUCGACGGUUUUCGUUAGUGUGACUCAAACUGAAUAUGUGCCGCUCACUACCACCACCACGGCGUCCUACCACGACACAACCACCCUCCCAAUCACCAUAUUCCAGACCAUCAUCUCAACCACGAUAUUGACCACGACCGAGGUCGUGACAGAAACCACCGUCUCGAUUACCCCGACCACGGCGACAUUGAUUGAAACAUCGACAACGCUCUCGAUCAGUCCGACUACUGACACGCUGACGGAAACGUCUGUCACGGUGUCGGUCAGCCCAACCACAGACACACUGACGGAAACAUCCACCACUGUCGCCAUCAGCCCUACGACUGCCACUGAGACACUUACCGAGACGUCCAUCACAGUGUCGAUUAGCCCUACGACUGCGACUGACACCCUCACCGAAACGUCCGUCACCGUCUCCAUCAGCCCUACCACCGCCACUGCCACGCUGACGGAAACGUCGAUCACCGUCUCAACAACCCCAACCACCGAGACAGCCACCGAAAUCAUCUCGCUGUACGAGGUCACUUCCCAGGCGACGAGCAUCACAGUGUGUCCGACUCGAGUCGCCAAUCCAACCUAUACCGCUCUCGGACCGUACCCCACCGACUGGACAUGGGGAUGUCCUCCCGGCUGGCUCUGCAAACCUCUGCAGCAGAACUGCAACUUCGAGGCCGGAAUCCCGGACCGAAACUUCUACUGCAGCCCGAACGAGUGCGUCCCGGCCAACGCGUUGCCGUCGCCGCUGCCGACAUGGGACCUGGACAUCUACGGGAACGUCACUCCGGCCACGGACCCGGCACUCCACAUCAACGCCAUCCAGGACUACUUCAACAUGAACCCGACCGACUUUGGGCUGACGUACGAGAUCUUUGUCGUCAACGAGGUCUUGACCCUCACCACGACGAUCCUGCUUCCGCCGAGCCCCACCGUCGCCGCGCGGCAGGCACAGACGAGCGUCCCGGGCGCUUGCUACCCCUGGUGCAACAACUGUCUGCUCGAGGCCCAGGCGAACGGGAAGACGUCGGCGCUCUGCGUCCCCGGCUCCGCGUUCGACGUGUCGCUGGUGCAGUGCGAGCAGUGCAUCGACUACCACAAGUCGGACGACAGCGCCAGUUUCGUGCAGAUCGCGCCCCAGUUCCAGCAGUUCCUCGACUACUGCGACCAGUUCUCCACCGUGGUCGUCUCGACCUCGGUCGUGGCCACCACGACCAACCCCGCCGGGUCGAGCUUCAGCACGCUGACCGGGACGCUGUCGACGACCGUGGUUCCCACGAGUUCAUCGCCGCCGCCGCCGCCGUCAUCGUCGUCGGAGACCACACAACCCACCUCGGUCGCGACGGUGGUGCCCUCCACCGCGAACUCGACUCCGCCAACUUCGACGGCCGCCCCCACCACGUCGGCUCCCGCGACGUCGGCAUCCCAGUCCUACACCACGACAGCCACGGUCCUGACCACGUCUUAUUCGCACGUGACGGUGUCCGGCCCCGCGUGGUCGCAGGUGACCAUCAUCUUGCCCGUGAGCGACAACAGCACCACGACGCUUUUCGGGACCGACCUGACGAGCGGUGGAGCCACUCUCGUCCUGCCCACCUCGCCAACGACGUCCACUUACACCACGACGCUGACGGUCGCGCCCGGCGAGUCGGUCUCGGCCGGCUCCGUGGUCGCCGCCUCAACCUCCUCGGGCGCGUCAGGCCCGUCGGGGACGACGACCGGAUCCCCCUCGGCCUUCUCCGGCGCCGCGGCCGCAUCGAGACUCUCGCCGCCGGAUCUGCAGCUCCGGUCGCCGGCGCUGGGACUGGUCGUCUGCCUGGCAUUCACGCUCGUGCUGCUGUGA